AUGAACCGUAUCAUGGAGACAUUGGCCAGCGAGCAUGGCAUCUCGCUCUCCGAAAACACCCUCAAACGCAACAUGAAUGCUUGGGGUCUUUCUAUUCGUCCGCGUAUCAAAGUGACUCCUGAAAUGAGGCAAAGAAUAUACGAUCUGUUUUAUCAAGAGCGCUAUUACACCGAUCAACAGAUGGCCAAAAUUCUCAGACGAGAUGGCUUCGUCGUUUCAUUUCGUAAGUUGGCCAAAUUACGCAAGGAGAUGGGCUUGUCCAAGAGGAAGGAUACUAUCAUACCUGCAAACCCUGUCGUCCCGGGCCAAGUGACUCAGACAUCAUCUGACGACGACGAUGACCAUGAUGACGAUGACGACGAUGACGAUGAAGAUGAUGAAGAUGCCCAAGACGACGAAAAUGACAUGGAAGUUGAUGCAAUCAUGGCUUUGGAAAAUGCCACAAGACCUCAACAACCAACCAGACGCCCACCACCGCCUGCUGCUCAGGUCAGAGAACCCGCAUGGAGGAAAAAGCGACCAAGUAAUGCAGCUCAACCAGUCCACCAGGCUCCUAGAAUUCCCACGACCUUUUCGGACAGCAGGCAUUCUCCCGUCCCUCCAUCCCGGCCUAUCGUCCGUUCACCUACUCCUCCUAGAAAUAUAGACGAUUCAAGUGCACCCACCGACACAGAAACAUACUCUCAACCACCGGCGAAUGGUCAAGGUCUUGCAAGACGAGUUACUACGCUCGUUACACGCAUUCAAGCCAUCGAGGCUGAGAAUACUAGUCUAAAGCAGCAGGCCGACCAGCAACGGACCGAAGCUCAAGAGCUGCGACAGCUAGUCCAGCAACAGAGAAACGAGAUGGAUAUGAUGAGAGCUUCGCUAAACGAGCUCAUUGCCAGGUUCAAUGCUGCUCACUAUGCAAUCUGA